AUGCCGUUCCACCCGGUGACGGCGGCGUUGAUGUACCGGGGCAUCUACACCGUGCCCAACCUGCUGUCAGAGCAGCGCCCGGUGGAUAUCCCUGAAGACGAGCUGGAGGAGAUCCGAGAAGCCUUCAAGGUGUUUGACCGUGAUGGCAAUGGCUUCAUCUCUAAGCAGGAGCUGGGAACGGCCAUGCGCUCCCUGGGUUACAUGCCCAACGAGGUGGAGCUGGAGGUUAUCAUCCAGCGGCUGGACAUGGAUGGUGAUGGCCAAGUGGACUUUGAGGAGUUUGUAACACUCCUGGGCCCCAAGCUUUCCACCUCGGGGAUCCCAGAGAAGUUCCACGGUACUGACUUUGACACUGUCUUCUGGAAGUGUGACAUGCAGAAGCUGACGGUGGACGAGCUGAAGCGACUCCUCUACGACACCUUCUGCGAGCACCUGUCCAUGAAGGACAUCGAGAACAUCAUCAUGACAGAAGAGGAGAGCCACCUGGGCACUGCCGAGGAGUGUCCUGUGGACGUGGAGACCUGUUCCAACCAGCAGAUCCGCCAGACGUGCGUGCGCAAGAGCCUGAUCUGCGCCUUCGCUAUCGCCUUCAUCAUCAGCGUCAUGCUCAUCGCGGCCAACCAGGUGCUGCGCAGUGGCAUGAAAUAG